UAACCAAAAAGAUGUAAAAUUGUACCAACCGUAAGGACAAAACUAUUGAAAGGGGCAAAAAUUCAUUAUUUUCAAAAAUAAAUAUCUCGAAAACGGUAAGACUGUUAUAAUGGGUAUUUUGUCUUAGCAGGUGGGUUAUCCUUUGAUCUACAUUAUCCCUCGGUUUGACGUAGUCUUUACGGGACACCCUGUAUGUAUAUUAUUUCGAACUUUAAUUUCAUCUCAUUGCAAUAUUAUUCUACGAGUAAUAUUGCAAAGAGAUUAAAUUAAGGUUGGAAAUAAUAUACAGGGUGUCCCGGGAAGAAUGCCACAAACUGAUACCAUGAAUUAUGGUCAUCAUAGCCUCUCGGGGACCUAGACGACCCCAGCCAUGUCAAGGUCUAUACUGGCAUGGUCCACCGCAGCCUCCUCGUGGCGAUAGUUGGACAGUGAUCGAUUGACACUGACUAAUGCGGUGUGACCCCCCACACCCUGCUGUAGUGUCGUGGCUUGGGGUAUUGCACGGGGGUAAACGAUGCCAGGCAUGUAAGGGGGCCAACACCCUCAUGUCUGAUAUACCGACAUGUGGAAUCUGCUGUCUGUGGUUAUGUCUCGCGAGCAGAGAACACAUGCUGGGGGAUUUGGCUUAACCGCCUGAACCGAGUGUAUGAAAGACACAAUAAAGACUUUCCUCAAGACAAGGUGGAACAGCAUAUGCCGAAGUCUGCAUGGCUAGUGGGAAGAUCUAGUCCUGAAUAUGCGAACUCCGGAUACCAGGCGACCUUCUGUUUAAUAAGCCUUCCAGGGGCAUGCGGGGCUCUGUCUCUGGUGACUGACAUUCCCUAGCUACUCGUGGGACCUAAUAUGGACAAGGUAAAUGAAAAAGAAGGGCCCAGCACCAGCCCUAAUGUGCCAACCAGUGAGGAAGAACAAAUCCUCAUUCAGCCUGGGGAACAGGACGCAAGUCCUGGCCUCACCACUGAGGAAAUGCUGCUGAGGAGCAGCGAUAAAGAGGGCGUAAAGGGCCUCGAAAAGUUGGUGGUCGAGAGACACAGACUCUCUGGGGCUGCCAGAAAGAGGAUGAAGUUCCUCAUAAAGAAGGGGAUGGCGCCUGAUGAAGCCAGGAAAGAAGCCCUCAAACCAAUUGGUCCCAGGCAGACAAUUGGCCACGGGACCAAGAGAAAACGGUCGGAAUACAGCACGCCUAAAGGCAAAGAGCCUGAGCGUGCAAAGCAUAAGGCUUCGAAAGCCUCGCAGUCCUCAGGAGCUUCCAAGGCUCCUGCACAAAUUGUGUCCACCUACAGUCAGGUUGCUGCUGGUCUGAAGGUGGGCAUAAUGGAUAAGAAGUAUCCAGAGGUGAUCCUAGAAAUGGACCAACUGAAGGCCAUCGAGGAAGCAAUUUUGGAGGAAAUUAUGGCGCUGGGAAAAGAGGAAUCUAUAAAGCCUAAGUUCCAGCAAUCCCUUAUGGAGCCAGGCUGGCUUUGUCUGACAUGCUCAGAUAAAGCCACAGUUGAGUGGCUCAGGAGCAUCCAGCCAAAACUGAAACCCUGGGAGGGAGCUGAUUUGAGGAUCGCCGAAGAGGCAGAACUCCCUCAUCCGGAAAUCCUAGUCGGCUAUCUCCCAGAAAGCCAGAAUCUCUCCAGCGAGAAAAUUCUCAAGCUGGUUGAGAACCAAAAUGAAGGACUUAAAACCUCCAGCUGGAGAGUCCUGCGAAGGGGAUCAUCAGGACCCAUGGUCGAAGUCACCAUCUCGGCUGACAGAAUGUCGGUCGAGAGACUUCGAGCACUAAACUGGCGAAUUAACUACAGAUUUGGCCAAUCAAGUCUUCGCCUUAAGGGCUCUGAGACAUCUGGCCCGGUGUCGGAAAAGCCUAAGGUGGAAGAAAUGGGGAAGGUGGGGAAGCCUCCGGGCAUUGAAAAGGCCGAGGCCUAAAAACCAACCACCUGCUCUGGGAGUAGGGCUGUUCCGCAAAGGCGUGGGAAUAGGGGGCCCGUAGGGGUAAAAUCUGCGACCCUCUCCAAAAAGCCUAGCGGACAUCCAACCUCAUAAGGGGCAGGUGUCUGGCCUGCCUUCAGAUAAACCUCCAGCACUCGAAGGCAGCCUCUAGUGCCUUAUGCUGGAGAACGUCUAGAAGGCAUAUUGACAUAGGGCUGAUACAAGAGCCCUGUAUUGUUGGAGGCCAAGUUAAAGGCUUACCAAACAAUUUAUAUCAGAUGAUAUACUGCGAUAGAGUUCCUGACAACGGAUCUUGCUGCGGCGCUGGUUGAGGUGCGAACUGGGACAGCAAGAGGCAGCUGGUUAUUGGCUCAGGCUAAUUUCCAGAAGACGCCAUCAGCCCGCCACCGGAGGAAGUACAACGCCUCAUAGAUUGUUGCCGCAAGGAAAAUUACAACUGAUCCUGGGCUGCGAUGCGCACGCACACCACACAGUAUGGAGUAGCACAGACACAAAUCAUAGAGAUUGUGUUAUGACCAUUUCUUCAAUCAUGCACUUCCUGGACAAUGAUAAUAAAAGGUUGAAAAUGCCUCGGAAAUUGGUCAUGUGAAACAUAUGCAAUUUGAUGCAGAUUUAAUGAUGAUCAGGGAAGAUGUGCAUACGAGUAUCAUGUCGAAAUCACACUGAACAUAUCGGGGGAUGCAACAGUGGUUCUUUUUAGACAUCAUAAUAUAUCAGUUACUGACAAAGAAUGUACCUGAAAUAUCUCCCACACAGGGUAAGUGAUAACGAAGACAGCGGAUGAGUUAUAUCCAUCUAAAAACUAUUCUGCCUCCAAACAAGGGUUAAUUGAGCAAGAAUUGAAAAAUUUAAAAUCAAUGCUAGAGAAAUUGGGCAACAUGGUCGACUUUACUUGGCUAUUACAAGAAGAUGAUGCAGAGGACGAAUCUGUAGACUUAGGGUUUCUACUUAUUAAAGAUAAUAUACUAUCCAAGAUAUAUUAGAGUCUACAGAUAAACUAGAAUUUGUCAAGCAAAAGUGUGCAGUUAAUGACGAAACGAUUGCAAAUAUAGCAACUUAUACAAAAAGCCAGAUAGAGAUUGAAAGGUGGUCCUCCAUAAGGAAAUUCAGACUUACACCUAGUAAUUUCGUAUAAUCCGCUCACAAAAGGAACAAAUAUCCGGCAAGUCUUUUCAAGACUCUUUUUGUGUUAUGAAAAUGUAUUCUUCACUUAAAUUGCAUGAGCUCAUCAAUUGCAUGACAUAAACGAUAUACUGUGGGAAAGAUCUCAUGAAAAGGAAGCCAUAGAAUACCUAAAAAAUUUGUUGCAAGUAACUGUGGAGCCAACUGGUGUAUAUUUAACGAAUUUCCAAAUGACACUUUAUUCUAGAAGUUGAAAAAUAGCGACAAAUAUUCAAUUUAUUUUGAUGAUAAUGGUGAAAUAUAUGAGAAUGAGAAUCGCAAUUAUUACCUUCAGAUACAGGGAAAUUUUAUAUUUUAAAGCAUUCAUAAAGCUAUUUAUAUACAUGGACAUUAACCCCCCCGGCUUCUGAAAGACCCAUCAAACUGUUCAACUGACACAACAUUCAACUUAAUAGCGAUGUCAAGUCAAUUUGGAUUUUCUGAAACGUUGUUCAGUGAAGAAUGAACUCUUUUCCACAAAUCAACAAAUACACAAAUUUAUUUUAAUGAUAUCCACAGAUCCAAAGAUUUCCAAAUUAUAUUCUUUGAUAAAACUUCAUAAAGAUAAUAACCCAUUAGACCUAUAGCAUCUUCAUUUCAGCACCAAGCAUUUAAUUAUCCAGAGCUCUAAUAUCAAUUAUAUGUAUAAAAAAACAAAAUUUCAUUCAGUAUACUCGAUAAGAAAUAGUUUAGAAUUGACUGAGAAAAUCAAACAUAUUUAUUAACCUAACAAGUCAAAAUUUGUUUCUUUCGAUGUACAGAACUUAUUUCCUAGCAUUCCCCCAUUAGAAACCAUUGAAAUAAUGAAAGAAUUAAUUAUUAAAAAUAAUCUGCUAAAAAAUGAUAAUUGAAUUAAAAAUAAUAGAUAUCCGAUUAAGAUGAAUGAUAUUUCAAAUUGCUUAUAAAUAUGCCUCAGUCAAAAUUAAUUUCAAUUUGACAAAACCAUUUAUAAGUCUGAUGAAGUUUUGAUUAUGGGUAAUCAAUACAUUAAGUCCUAUCCUAGCAGAAAUUUUCAUGAAUAACUUAGAAACCAAAAUUCAUGCUAAUAAUAUGACAAAAUAUUUCCUUUAUUGUUAUAGAUACGUAGAUGAUAUUAUAUGUUGCUUCAAAGGUACAAAUAGACAACUUUCUUUGUACACAGAACUUAUCAAUAACAUUCACCCAAGUAUCAAAUUCACUUCUGAAAUCGAACAUAACAACACACUUAAAAUUCUUAAUCUUAUAAUAACUAGAAAUUAAAACUUUCAUAGUUUCAGUAUUUUUUAGAAAACCUACACAUACAAAUUUUACCAUCCAUUCUACUUCCAAUCACCCGUUAAAUAAAAAAAAUGGCGGCAUUCAAUGGUAUGAUCCAUAGAUUAAUCAUUAUACCUAUAGAUCAUUCGAAUUUUUCUAAAGAAUUGAAUGUAAUUAAACAGAUAGCGGUAAAUAACGGUUAUAGCCCAUAUGUUAUUGAUCAAAUUUUGAGUAAUGAACAAAGAAAGCAAGCACUAAGUCUAACAUACCCUACAGUAAAUUAUAAUAUCGAUACUAUUUUUUUUUCGUUAACUUAUGUAAAUUACAUAUAUUUCUGAAAAGAUUGUGAAAUACAUGAAGACUACAUUUAAUUUUUUAAUAUCUUUCAAAACCAGAAAUAAUUAAGAGACGUUUAUAAAAAACAAUAAAGAUAAAACUGAGAAAGAAAAUAAAUCCGGUGUCUACAAUUUAACCUGUAGUGAUUGCCCUAUGUUUAUAUUGAACAGACAGGAAGAUCUUACAGGAAAAAGGUAAACGAACACCAGAAGAGUUAUACAUUUGAUAGUUCGUUCUCAACUUAUGCAAAUCAUUUAAAAUAAUUAAAUCACAAUUUCAAUCACAACUUUGAAAUUCUCCAUUCAGAAAAUAAGAGAAUAAGAUUGACACUUUUAGAAUCCCUAGAAAAUUAAUAUGUAUAAUAGCCAAAAUAUUCUUUUGAACGAACAAAUAGAUGUAAACUCAUCUGCUUCAUUGAAUUUCUUUUGAUAAUUUGGAAAUCCCAGGCGGAAAACUGUCCAAUAUAACUUUAUGAUAGGUACCUAUUGAAUAUUUUUCUGCCAAUAAUUUUUGUUUAUAUAUAAGUUUCAGAAAAACUCUGUACUCUUCUCAGUCAAAAAUGUAGCCUGAUGAAGCCACAGUGUGGCGACACAAUUACUGCUAACAAUCAAAUAAGCCUGUGGAAAUUAUCUUGUUUAUUUAUAAUGAAUUUACGCCAAUUAAGGACCGAAUCCAUUUUAUACAUAUGUUUAUUAUCAUUCUGAAAUGUUACUCUGAAUGAAUUUCUCAUAUAUUGAAGAAUAAAAAAGUAAUAAUACCGUAAGCAAACUUGGAAAUAAAAAUCGAUAUUAUAACAGAAAAUUGUCUCUCAUUUUAACGUAACUUUUAAGAAGGACCUACAGAAUUUAUUGCUCUCAAGACCCUAAAUUCACCUGAGACGUAUAUGUGUUUUUUACUGCACUUACAUCUAUGUAAAUAAUUGUAAAUAAAUUAAAAAUUUUCUUCAUUAGAUAUGAUCACAGCUUAGGUGCUAAUUAUAAUUAUAAUUUGAACAAGUGUAUCAUUAAUGUUUCCCCUGUAAAUAGCCAUGUAUAUAUAGUUUAGAGAAAGUUAUAAUAAAAA